AUGCCGAAAUCUAAGAGAAGACCUACGACCCGCUCUGCAAGGGCUGAGCUCCAGUUUCCUGUUAGCCGUGUGGACCGGUUCCUGCGUGAGGAUAAGUACGCCCAGCGAUUGUGCUCUUUAACACCCGUAUUCUUGACUGGCAUUCUCGAGUAUCUGGUGUCCAACAUCCUAGACCUGGCUGGCAAGGAGGCCCGUAGAAACGGCACGACAUGCAUCACCCCGGAACACGUGAAGAUGGUCGUGGAAAACCAGAAGGAAUUCCAGUUCAUCCAUCAUAACAUCAAAGCUCUAGGUGGUGAGAUGACCAAACCCAAAGAGUGA